GCACAUGUAGGACAGUCCUCACGUCUUUCCUCCAUGUGUUCGAGGACCCCUUAAGAUGUCCAUGCUUGCCGAGCCUCGUCGUAAACAGAAGUGGUCUGUAGACCCCAGAAACAGUGCAUGGAGCAACGAUGAGUCGAAAUUUGGGCAGAAGAUGCUGGAACGCAUGGGGUGGUCCAAAGGAAAGGGUCUCGGCAAAAGUGAACAGGGGUCUACAGAACACAUAAAGGUUAAAGUCAAAAACAACAGCCUGGGUCUGGGCACUUCAGUUAAUAAUGAGGACAACUGGAUUGCCCAUCAGGAUGAUUUUAACCAGCUCCUUGCUGAGCUUAACAGCUGUCAUGGACAGAACCACACUGACGAGCCUGCGCAGGAACAAAUACAGAGUUUCAGUUUGGAAGAAAAAUCCAAGACAUCCAAAAAAAGGGUCCAUUACAUGAAAUUCACCAAGGGAAAGGACCUGUCCAGCCGCAGUGAAACAGACCUGGCUUGUAUUUUUGGGAAGAGAUCGAAACGAGAAGCAAAAGACCAAGAUGAGGGAAGCAGUGGACCUGACUCUCAGGAAGAGAGGGAGGAUGCAAAUGACACAGAAAAGAACCCAGAGGAACAACUAAAAACAGUGACCAGCACACUGUCCAUGCAAGAGUACUUUGCUCAGCGCAUGGCCCAGCUCAAGAGAUCUCAGCUGGGAAACGGCUCUGCGGCAUCUUCACCUGGGGUCAGCAGCAAUGCACCAUCUCCACCUGCCUCUACAGAGGACUCCAGCGACAUGGAACAGUCCAAGAAGAAGAAGAAGAAAAAGAAAAGGAAGCAGGAAAACGCUGAAGAUGACGGAGAGACUGCAGAUAAUGUUCCAUUGACCUCAGUAACAGAAGAGAGCUUGGAAGAGCCGAGUCGCUCGAAGAAAAAGCAAAAGAAGAAGAAGAGGGAAAGAGAGGAGAAGGGUGAGGAGUCCAAUGCCCCUACAGUAAUAGAUGCUGCCAUUGAGGAAGAAGCUCAGAUCCCGAAGAAGAGGAGUAAGAAGAAUAAAACAUCUAUGGAGUCUCAUACAGAGACGGUCAAUGAAUAUGAAACUGUAGAAAAUGUAGACACGGAUGUUUCACAUAAAAAGAAAAAGAAACGGCGAAAGCAGGCAGAGAUGAUGAAAGAUGAUUGAUUUUCUAGAACUGAUUACUUUUUAAUAUUUACAUCACAAAAGUGAGCCCAUGAAUUUCAUCGCUAUAUUCAAACUACAUGACAAAACAAAAUAAAAAUAUUUAAGCUA